GACGCAAUGUCCCAGCGCCUGGCAACACUCAGCGAGUGAUUCAUUCUGAAGUGGAGAGAUGGCUUAGCUAGUUGGCUAUUUCACUAAAAGUUUUAAACAUGUCUCUUACUCGGAUAGACGUUAACCUGCCUAUUUUACACUAAUAGUCCUGUUUAUAUUAUACAAUCAUCCGACCAUGAAGCUGGUCCAUAAAGACAUUGAGAAAGAUAAUGCCGGCCAGGUGACUCUGGUGCCAGAGGAGGCGGAGGAUAUGUGGCACACCUACAACCUGCUCCAAGUGGGGGACAGCUUGAGAGCCUCAACUAUCAGAAAGGUGCAGACUGAAUCCCCCACUGGAAGUGUGGGCAGCUCAAGAGUUCGGACCACUCUAACAAUAUGUGUGGAGACUAUCGACUUUGACUCCCAUGCCUGCCAGCUGAGAGUAAAAGGCACCAACAUAGAGGAGAACCAGUAUGUCAAGAUGGGGGCCUAUCACACUAUUGAGCUCGAGCUCAACAGGAAGUUUACUCUUGCCAAGAAGUGCUGGGACAGCGUUGUGCUGGAUAGAAUCGAGCAGGCAUGUGACGCCGCCCAGAAGGCAGAUGUGGCAGCUGUGGUGAUGCAGGAGGGCCUGGCCAACCUGGUACUGGUGACCCCGGCCAUGACUCUGCUUCGCGCAAAAGUGGAAGUCACGAUUCCUCGCAAGAGAAGAGGAAGCUGCACUCAGCACGAGAAGGCGCUGGAGAGGUUUUAUGAGGCCGUGAUGCAGGCGAUCCUUCGUCACAUCAAUUUUGAUGUGGUGAAGUGCAUCCUGGUGGCCAGUCCAGGGUUUGUCAAGGACCAGUUUAUCACCUACCUCUACAAAGAGGCGGUGCGACAGGACAACAAGCUCCUGCUGGAGAAUCGACCCAAAUUCAUGCUGGUCCACUCAUCAUCAGGUCACAAGUAUUCACUCAAAGAAAUCCUGUCUGACCCCACUGUGACGAGUAGACUCUCUGACACCAAGGCAGCUGGAGAGGUGAAAGCCCUGGAGGACUUCUAUAAGAUGCUCCAGCAUGAGCCUGACAGAGCCUUCUACGGACUUGCUCAUGUGGAGAAAGCUGCUGACGCCCUCGCCGUCGACACCUUGCUGAUAAGUGAUAAGUUGUUCAGGCAUCAGGAUGUCCCUACGAGGAGUCGCUAUGUUCGGUUGGUCGACAGCGUGAGAGACAACGGCGGCAAUGUCAGGAUAUUCUCAAGCCUCCACGUGUCUGGUGAACAACUGACUCAGCUGAGUGGAGUGGCGGCCAUCUUGAGGUUUCCCAUCGCCGACCUAUCAGAACCCGAGGACGACAGCAGCUCAGACGAUGACUGAUCCACGCAGACAGACCAGGCAGCUCUUACUGGGAGAAACGAAGAGGAAGGUCGUCCAGCGUUGCAGAUAACACAAGAAUGCACUGAUUCAGUGCGUUGUAAACCAAUAAAGCUGCUGUGUUACAGUCGAGGUAUUCUACCUCUGCAGCGUCCACACCUCUUCAAAUCUAAUUAACACACCUGAUUUUCUGAAGUGACCAUAAGUUCACAUAAUGUGAUGCAGUUUAAAGUGCUUUGAUGCUUUUGGUUUGAAGGUGGCCGUCUUUGAGGGGUUCAGGUUAAGCUAAAUAACAAUGCCAAUACAAGGAAUGUAACAUUUGUUGCCAAAUACAAAUGGGGGAAAAAAACUAAAAUUUUGAGUGACAUUUAGCAAUAGCAAAAUCUGUGAUUUAUUUUUUUUCAAGUGUAUGUACAACUUAUCUUUCUUGCAAUUAAACAGCAGAGGCAUGCAACCAC